AAAUGUCUACCAAACCAGAGGAGCUGAAAAGAGCCUUUGAGAGAGAACUUAAUGUUAGUGAUUUUCAAUUGGUAUGGGAAAAAGCUGGUGUUCUUUCAGGACGCUGGGACUCUAUGGCUAUCAUGUUAGGAUUGAGCCCUAAUAAGUUAUAUGAGAUUGAAGCAGGGGGCAAACCACCAAGAACUUGUUUCUGGAAAGUAUUUGAUUGCUGGUUAAAGAAGGACUAUGACUAUAAGAGUCAUGGUGUCCCUACAUUAAGAAUGCUGUGUAACUCCAUUAAAAGUAAUAGUGGAGGAGCUGAUCCAGCUCUAGCUGAUGAAAUAGCAAAAGAAUAUACCAUUAAUCUUACUAGUAGUGGAGAGGCUACUACAUCACCAGUUCAUGCUUCAUCUUCUAAAGGUACUCCAACUGUUGAGCUACCAGUUCCUACUUCACCUCAAUCUGAGUCUUCAGUUGCUUACGUUAAGAAAAAAUCAAUUGAAUAUUCACCUGAAAACCUGACACGAAUGAUUGGAGAUCUACGAGAAGUUUACCUUGAUAAUAUGUAUCAUACAGAGAAGUCUUUUUGUUCUAUUGAUGUCUCGGAAGUUGUUGAUUUUAUUCAACAUUACAUCUCACUUUUACUCAGUCCACGUUUUGAUAAACAAGAAAUGAUUGAAUCAAUUGAAGACGAGUUUGACCAUGUUAAAACAAUAAAGCAGCUUUUUAAAGGAUUAAGAAAGUACGUCUCGUGGUUUAAUUUUGAACUUGUUGUCAAGUUAGUCAAUACUUUCAUUACUGAUGAGAGAGAUUUACAGAGGAAAUGGUCUACAUAUCGUGAGAAAUUAAAAGAUUAUUUCAAAAAUAACAAUACUCCAGCAGUUCAAAUUGCAGACUCAAUUGAGUUUGGUCUUUCUGAUGUUCCAGGCACUAAAGUAAUGAUUGCUAAGGUUGCCAGAGACGACUACACAUUAAAUGAUUUAUAUUUCUUUCACAAGCUAAUUGCCGAUGCACUUGAAGUUCCUCAAUAUAAGUUCUACUUUUGUACGAUUAAUGAUGGCUGCAUGGAAUUAAAAUAUUCCAUUCCUGAUUUUCUUUAUUCUGUUCUCUUUCCAUUAACCAAUCAACAGCGUGAUUCAUUGGCUGAAAUUGGAAUCAUAAAAAUUACUUGUCAUGAAUAUGUACGUGAAAUGAAGCAGCUGCCAAAGAAUGAAUUAAAGAAGCUUCAUGAUUCUCCUAUUGAUAUUUAUGAUCCUCUCUGGUAUCAGAAUACCAGCACUCCAUUGAAUGAAGCAUGUUGGAGAGGAUUAAAAGAUGAAGUGCAACGAUUGAUUGACAAGACUGGCCUUCAGGAAAGAGGUAAAAAUGGAUGGAGUCCACCAUUAGCUGCUUCAUAUGGUGGCCACAUUGAUGUCCUCUGUCUCCUCAUUGAUGUUUAUCAUUGCGAUCCUUCACAAGGUGAUGAUGAUAGUGUUAUUAGUUUACACAUGGCCUCAUAUAAAGGCCAUCUCAAUAUUGCACAGUAUCUAGUUAAUGAAUGUCACGUUGAUCCAGACAUAGCAGAUAGCUCUGGUAACACAGGAUUGCUUUACUCAGCACUGGGUGGUCACGUUGACCUCGUGAUUAUGUUUUUAAAGAAGAAGUGUAACGUGUCUCAGGUGAAUAGAGAAGGAUCGACUUUAUCAUUAUUAGUGUGUAAGAGUGGAGAGGUAGCAUUAGUUGAUCAGCUUAAGCAGUUUGGAAUUUUCUCAAAAGAUGAGAUAGAUUUUAACGGAUGUGGAAUAGUACAUUAUUGUGCUAUGAGUGAUAGUGUAGAGCUUCUAGAGUAUCUUUAUAAUAAUCAUAAAAGUGAAUUAUUUCAAAAAAGAAAUCGUUUUGGUGCAACACCACUUCAUGUAGCAUGCCAGUAUGCUUCAUCAGGUUUCAUUAUGAAAAUGGUAAAUAUUUUUGGAUAUAAAGUAUUACUAGAAGCUGAUUAUAGUGGUCGCUCUUCUCUUCAUUACUUAUGCAGUGGAUUGGUUGAUAAAUACUGCAUUACAGAAGUGUAUAAUAAGCUCACUGCACCAUGUGAUAUACCUUUACUUAAACAAUUCUAUUAUAUGAAUUUUGAGAAAGCCUGUUCUAUGUUUAUAUCACUAAAUAUAAAUGUUACUAAACAGCAUAAAAGAAUGAGCCUUUUGUCUACACUCAUCAAGAAGACAAGCAUUAUUAAUAAUUUCAAUAUAAAUUCUAUUACUGCUACUGGUCAAUCAUUGGUUCAUUUAGCAUGUACUAGUGGUAGUAUAUUAUUAAUGAAGGUAUUAGAGGAGUAUGGUAUUAAUACAAGUUCAUUAGAUUAUGAGGGUCUGUCUGCAGUACAUUAUGCUGCUUUAUCAGGUUCACCUACUCUACUCAGUUAUACUGUAUCUGAGUAUAGGUUGAAUGCCUGUCAACCAGACUACAAAGGUGUAGUACCAUUAGCAUUAGCUUGUAAUAACGUUGAUCUCAGUCAAUAUCUCAUUGAAGUACAAGACAGUGACAUUAACAUAACAGAUGAUCAUAAAUGGAAUGCAUUGACUCAUAGUGUUAGCUGUGGUAACAUGAAGCUAGUCCAAUACCUCAUUAAUAAUUAUCAAUUGCCUCUCACAUCAUUUGCAUUACUUCAAGCAGUAAAUAGUACUAAACUGUCAUUAAUUAAAUUAUUAGUUAAUGAAUAUAAACUAGAUCCUCAAGUUAAAAGUAGUGAUGGUAUGCAAGCAGUUCAUUAUGCAGCUGAAGUUGGUGCUAUUGAUGUCUUAGAGUAUUUAGUAAAAGAUUGUGGAUGUAAUUUGGAUAGAGUAGGGGGAACAGACAAAAAAAAUGUGUUUCAUUUUUCUACAUUGAAUGGUCAUUUUUCAUUUAUUAAAUAUAUUAUUAAUAAUUAUCCAGAAUGUACUAGUCUACUACAUUCUACUAAUGAUACUAAUACUCUGCCAAUUCAUACUGCCGGUGCUAGUGGUGUAAUGCAACUAGUGACAUUUCUAAUUGAUGAAAUGAAAUGUGAUGUCACUACUGAAAAUAAGUAUGGCUUCACUUGUGUCAGGGCAUGUCUUUCUGGUAAUCUUAAUCUUUUAAAAUUAUUAAUAAAACAAUACAACCUUAAUCCUAAAAUAUUUGGUAGGAUGUCAUCACCAGAAGCUGCAGUGCUAGAUGGACAUGUUCAUAUACUAGAAUGGCUCAGACAAGAGUAUCAUAUCAAUGUAGCCUCAUUUAAGAAUGGUGUAUUACCUUUUUAUGCUGCACAAUACAACC